UUGCUCUGUAAAUGACAGCCUAAUCAAAACAGCCUGGAAAAGGUUGUUUUGCAGCUCCGCUAAAAAGCUGAGCUCCAUGGGCUUCCAGUAAUGGCAUUUAACUACUUACCUCGUUUACUCGGCAUCAUAUCAUACACAGUUUGCUUCUCCACAAGGUUUCGGUCUGGGGAUGAGAUUUGCAGCAUUUUUUGGCUCAUUCGACGUGAUUUUUGGAGCAGUCUGAGAUCCAUACUUCCAGUUAUGGCGAUUCGGGUAUCCAUUACCCUGUGUUAUGGGUUGGUGAAAACAUGGGAAGCUACAAUGGCGAAGAUGAGGUUUUUGAAGUGGUUACUCUUUGUUUUGGUUGUAUUUUUGUUUUCAAUUGAUGGGUCGUCUUCCUCAUUCAUCCCUCCUGAUAAUUAUUUGAUUUCUUGUGGUUCUCCCCAAAACAUCACCUUUCAAAGUCGCUCUUUUGUUCCUGAUUCGCAGCACUCUUCAUUAAUUAUGAAAACUGGGAAUUCUUUAGUGGCCAGUUCCAAUUCUAGCGUUCCUUCUCCUAUCUACCAAUCAGCUCGGAUUUUUACCUCUAAAGCUUCUUACAAAUUCAAAAUUAAGCAGCAAGGUCGGCAUUGGGUUCGGCUCUAUUUCUGCCCUCUUCCCAACCCUGGCCAUAACUUGACUUCUGCUUCUCUAUCAGUGGUUACAUCUGAUUUUGUUCUCCUGAGCAACUUCUCCUUUAGUAACUACAAUGGUUCUUAUAUGUUCAAGGAGUAUGCAAUCAACGUUACUUCUGCUGCCUUGACUCUCACCUUCAUCCCUUCAAAUGGUUCAGAAGCUUUUGUCAAUGCAAUUGAAGUUGUGUCGAUGCCGGAUGAACUGUUUGCUGAUCAGGCAUCUGGUCUACACCCUCUGUCCACUUUCAGUGGCCUUUCUGAACUGGCUUUUGAAACUGUUUAUCGGUUAAAUAUUGGGGGUCCUUUGAUCACUGCUCAAAAUGACACACUGGGAAGAACUUGGGUUAAUGAUCUGAAAUACCUCCAUGUGAAUAGCUCUGUCCUCAAUGUUUCAGUUAACCCUUUGAGCAUUAAGUAUCCACCAGCUGUUACUCCUGAGACAGCACCGAAUUGGGUUUAUGCCACUGCUGAUGUGAUGGGUGAUGCAAACGUUCCGAUUACAAAUUUCAACAUUACUUGGGUUUUCUCCGUGGAUCCGAGCUUCUCCUAUUUUGUACGAGUACACUUCUGUGAUAUUGUGAGCAAGUCUCUCAACAGUUUGGUGUUCAAUCUGUACAUAAAUUCUGACCUAGCUUUUGGAAGCAUUGACCUUUCAUCCAUAAUUGGUAACUUGAAUGUGCCUUACUAUAAGGACUACGUUUCUGAUGCCUCAGCAGAUUCAAACACUUUGACUGUGAGUGUUGGUCCGGAUAAUAUGGCAGACAUCAGGAAUGCCACCAUGAAUGGUUUGGAGAUAAUGAAAAUCAGCAACAAGUUGAAGAGCUUGGACAGGAAUGCUUCAGUUGCGAGUCUCCUUCCGAGUUCACCUUCAAAGAUCAGCACGAUAGGAAUAAUAGUUGGUGCUGCUGUUGGGUCUGUAGCAGCACUAGCAUUGCUUGUGUUGUGUUAUUGCUGCUUGAUAGGGCGCAAAUCAAAGCCUGCUCAACAAGGGCCUUCUUGGCUGCCUCUGCCCUUUUAUGGUAACUCUCAGACCAUGACAAAAGUGUCAACAACUUCUCAGAAGAGCGGUACUGCAAGCUGCAUUUCUUUAGCUUCCUCAAAUCUUGGACGAUUCUUCAACUUCCAAGAAAUCCUGGAUGCAACCAAUAAAUUUGAUGAAAAGUUGCUUCUUGGUGUUGGUGGUUUUGGGAGGGUUUACAAGGGAACAUUUGAAGAUGGCACAAAUGUAGCUGUGAAAAGGGGCAACCCCAGAUCUGAACAGGGCCUUGCUGAAUUCAGAACUGAAAUUGAAAUGUUGUCCAAGCUUCGCCAUCGUCAUCUUGUGUCUCUCAUUGGCUACUGUGAUGAGAGGUCGGAAAUGAUCCUUGUCUAUGAAUAUAUGGCUAAUGGACCCCUGAGGAGCCAUUUAUAUGGAACAGACCUGCCACCUCUAACAUGGAAGCAGAGGCUUGACAUUUGCAUUGGAGCAGCAAGAGGCCUUCAUUAUCUUCACACAGGAGCAGCUCAAAGCAUAAUUCACCGAGAUGUGAAGACAACAAACAUACUCUUAGAUGAGAACUUUGUUGCUAAAGUUGCCGACUUUGGCCUCUCAAAAACUGGUCCUGCGCUUGAUCAGACCCAUGUGAGCACUGCAGUUAAAGGAAGUUUUGGCUAUCUUGAUCCUGAAUACUUUAGGAGGCAACAACUUACAGAGAAAUCGGAUGUGUAUUCUUUCGGGGUGGUUCUAAUGGAGGUGUUAUGCACAAGACCUGCUCUAAACCCUGUGCUUCCAAGGGAGCAGGUUAAUAUAGCCGAAUGGGCUAUGACUUGGCAGAAAAAGGGAAUGCUUGAUCAAAUCAUGGAUCAGAAUCUGGUGGGAAAGGUGAAUCCUGCUUCUCUGAAGAAGUUUGGGGAGACAGCUGAGAAGUGCUUGGCUGAGCAUGGUGUAGACAGGCCAUCCAUGGGAGAUGUGUUGUGGAAUCUGGAAUAUUCUCUACAACUUCAAGAGACCUCAUCAGCACUCAUGGAACCUGAAGACAACAGCACAAAUCACAUAACUGGAAUUCAGUUGACUCCACUCGAGGCUUUUGAUAAUAGCGUGAGUAUGAUUGAAAGGGGCAUCUCCGGAACAGAUGAUGAUGUAGAAGAUGCAGCCACAAGUGCCGUGUUCUCACAAAUAGUAAAUCCUCGCGGAAGGUGAUUUGUUAUGGUGCACGAGAGAUUUGUUAGUAGAUUUGGUGUGCAUUUGCACCAAUCCAAUGGGAAGAUGGACAUUUAGUGGGAUUUAUAUUUCUACAAGUAUGUGAAUGUGACCGUUGAUUUAUAGGCUUGGUGUACGUCAUACAGGUUUACCUUAGAAUUUUCGCCUUUGCGUCCAACCGUCAAGCACAGUGCUCGUUCAGGUCGCCUUAGUCUGUUUUUGUCCUCUUGUCUUCCCUUACUCUGUUAAUAUAGUUGAAUCAUGGGAUCAAGUUAGCCCUUAUAUGUUGAAUGUAAGGUAUCAAUAGAUGAGUUUUAGUGUCAUGCAA